UAUGCGCAGUUGAAAAUGAGGGAGCUUGUUUUUUCUCCCUCGUCGUCCAGCGAGAGGACAAGAUGGCAGCGCGACCGCGUCGAGCAUGUAGUGGGUGCGAAUUAAACCCGAACAUGUUCACAAAAGACCCGCAGUCUGACCACAGCUGCUGUCUGUGAAGGUAUGGCCUCACAGGUUACGGUCUGCCCACCACAUGUUUAUCAACCCCAGACAAGUGCCUUUUGCAGAGCGAAGAAAAUCGAUCCCAGCAGCUGUGUUUACCAUGAGAAGACCCCUCGCACUUAUGUGGUCGGUGUGAAUCUAGGCAUUGCGCACCCUACGGAUAUUAUACCUUUAUCGAGAAUCGAAGCUUUAACCAGCGAGAAACCCUGCGCCGCAUGGGACAUCUCGAAACAGACUGAAACAGCUCCACAGGAGCUCCUUGGAAGGGCUUCCUCGCCAUACAAACGUGUGGCAUCGGAGGGCGACCUUCAGUAUUUCUCCAGAGCGGCCGCGGCAGUUGAAGAAGAAAGUGGAGACAGUGGCCAAAACAGCCAAAGUAGUAGUAGAAGCAGUGGCGGUGCUCCGGAAGGGGCGGAGAGAAUCGAGAGGAACGGUGGUUUGAAUUCGUUUGACAGAACCCAAAGAUGUGGGUUUAAAUGCAAAGGGGCUGAGCUUGAGAACGGCAAGAGCAUCAUGCAGAUAGUAGAGGAGCAUUCGACUCUACCUGCCAUGUUGCAAACAAACGUUGGGAGCACCACCGUGGUAGGCGUGGCCCCGCCCGAGCAGAAUGGAACCGGGACGAGAGCUGUGAAUGGGACAGUCGAUGGCGACUAUCAGUUAGUCCAACAUGAAGUGCUGUGCUCCAUGAAGCACACCUACGAAGUGUUGGAGUUCUUGGGACGUGGUACGUUCGGUCAGGUGGUCAAAUGUUGGAAGCGAGGCACCAAUGAGAUCAUGGCAGUGAAGAUACUGAAGAACCACCCAUCGUAUGCCCGCCAGGGCCAGAUCGAGGUGAGCAUCCUGGCCCGACUUAGCGGGGAGAACGCAGAGGAGCAUAACCUGGUGAGGGCUUUUGAGUGCUUCCAGCACAGAAACCACACCUGUCUGGUGUUCGAAAUGCUGGAGCAGAACCUGUACGACUUCCUCAAGCAGAACAAGUUCAGUCCGUUGCCACUGAAGGUGAUUAGGCCCGUUCUGCAACAGGUGGCCACGGCGCUUAGGAAGCUCAAAAGCUUGGGCCUGAUCCAUGCCGAUCUUAAACCAGAGAACAUUAUGCUGGUAGAUCCUGUGAGGCAGCCCUUCCGUGUGAAAGUGAUUGACUUUGGCUCUGCCAGCCAUGUCUCCAAAGCUGUGUGUUCGACGUACCUGCAGUCUCGCUACUAUAGGGCUCCAGAGAUCAUCCUGGGCUUACCCUUCUGUGAGGCCAUAGACAUGUGGUCACUGGGCUGCGUCAUCGCUGAGCUCUUCUUGGGCUGGCCGCUUUAUCCAGGAGCGCUGGAGUAUGACCAGAUUCGUUACGUCUCUCAAACUCAAGGGUUGCCAGGAGAGCAGCUUCUGAACGUGGGGACGAAGACGGCCCGAUUCUUCAUCAAGGAGUCUGAUUCACCAUACACCGCCUGGAGACUGAAGACGACUGAAGAACAUGAGACAGAAACGGGACUGAAGUCCAAGGAGGCGAGGAAGUACAUUUUCAGCUGUCUAGAUGACAUUGGACAUGUGAAUCUAAUGCUCAGCAUGGAGGGCUGUGACCAGUUGGCGGAGAAAGCUGACCGGAGAGAAUUCGUGGACUUGCUAAAGAUGAUGCUGAUGAUUGAUGCCGAUCAGAGAAUCGCCCCUUCAGAUGCACUUACCCACCCUUUUGUCACUAUGCAGCACCUGAUGGAUUUCCCCCAUUGCAAUCAUGUCCAGUCUUGUUUCCACAUCAUGGACAUGUGUCACACAAGAACCAGCAUGUACAAUACUCUCAACCGCAAAAAAGCACCCCCACUUAUGAAGCCUGUGACGCUUCCAAGUGCUCCAAAUAUCACUGUCGCCUUCAACAAAAUGCUGUCUGUCCACUCUCAGACCCUGGCGCCAUCUGCUCCACCUGUGGUGCAUCCAGGAAUUCCCAUCCAGACAGGAAGCGCCCAGUUUGGGUGUAACGAUUCCUUUCAGCAGGCGCUCAUUCUAUGUCCUCCUGCUCUUCAAGGAAUCCCUUCAAACCCAAAUCAGCCAGCAGGAUAUUCGGUUAGAAUGGAGAACACUCUUUCUCUGGUGACCCAAGCCCCAGCUAUCCAGCCUUUACCCAUGAGACCAGGAAUUAUAGCACAACAACCAUGGUCCAACAGGACUCCACAGAUCCUGGUGCCAGCUUGGCAGCAGGUCCCGCCACCUGCUAUGAGCUUGGCAUCCGAUUCAGUUGUUGGACCGCAGAGGCGAGGAGACUGGGGGAAAGUGCGGCCACACAGCAGCCAUUACAGUUCGGUGAUGCCCCAGGUUAUUGUUCCCAACCAAAUGGCUGUGUCAGCCCAUCAGCCUAUAAACAUUGGCAUUGCUCAUGUGGUCUGGCCUCAGCCUGCAUCUAACAAGAGGAACAAACCCAGCCAUAACAGGAGUAUGAAUGUCUUGCACUACACGGACACCCAGCCCUCAGUGUGUCCGUCACCAAAGAUGGCAGACAGGUUGGCGAGUGCGGAGCCACAGCCGAGCUCUCCUGACAGAGAGGUGCAGGCCCAGGUGAAACCAGAACCGGAGCAGGUGGAGGAGGAGAGCUGCUGUAAAACGGCAGUGGCCAAUCAGCAGCGACAGUCUAUUAUCAGAGAGUCACCCAGCCCGGCAGUUAGCAUCAUUAGCAUAAGCAGCGGCACAGAUGAAGAGGAACAAGCACAGAGGUGCUCCCUUAACAAGUGUAAGGGCAGUCCGGAGUGUGAGGCAUGCACAGGCUCUCUGAACAUGGAGCGAGUGUGUUCCCUCAGCAGUCCUGAUAGCAGUCUGAGCACCAGCUCCUCAGCUUCGGCACAAUCCAGCCCCUCGCCAUGCAAAAGACCCAGCAGUAUAUCGGAAGAUGACGGCCAUGAAAGUGGGUGUGAAACAGUAGACGGCUCGCCCCCUUCAGACUCCUCCCUAGGACCUCACGACAGCCCCUUCCCUGAAAGACGCUUCCUGACCAAUCAGAACCAGAACCAGGAACCCCAGGCUAGGCGUGGACACCCCAGCACGGCGCUGAAUAAACCUGCAGUGAGGACCGUGGUGGUGCCACCCAUGAGAGUGCUGAACAAUAACCAUCAUCCAAAUAAUGAGCAGCACACAGCCGGCACAGGUCAUAGGAGAGAAAAAGGAAGUUGUCACAGAGACUAUCACAGUCUUAGAAUCCUACUGCCAGUCCAGAGGUCGCUGCGGCCCAGGACGACUGAGCCACUUUUCCACACCCACGUUGCCCCGCCAGCAGAAACUGAGCUCUUCAUUCCAGCCACAGCCGCCAGGCUUUGGCCAGGUCCAGCAUUACGGGUCGUGCCACAAGGAGUGGAACGGCAACUACCGGCAGCCACGCCGGCCACAGGCCUUCAUCCCGCCCACAGUGCACGGCCCUACCUUCUCGCUUCCCCACGGCAGCCCCAUACACUCGGCCGGCCACCCGCCACCUCCCGCCCUCCUCUCCUAUCCGCCUUCCGCACCCGUGGCCCACCUCUUGCCUUCGCCAUGCCCACCACCGGCCCCUCGGGCCAUCUUGCAGCCCGCCUACAGCCUGGUGCACCAUCAGGGCAUCAGCAUGGGCAUCAACCACAGGCUGCUGCCCUCCCCUACCCUGCUCCCGCAGGGCCAGUUCAAAGCCCUCUUUCCCCCGCACUCCUAUGUGGCGUCACCCAUCUACGCAGGCUUCCCCCUCAGCCCCAGCAAACUCAGUCAGUACCCUUACAUCUGAGCUGGAGCCCGCGGCAGCCACGCGCACGCAGCCGGCACUGAGCUGCCACAUCUUUCUUUUCUUAUGAAGUUUGACAACAGUGAUGAUGAUGAUGCAAAUCGAGCUUUAUAGAUAUCAUGGAACAUAAAACAAACAAAUGGAUGCGUGAGCGAGUGAGUAGAUUGAACUCAAAAACUCACUUUUAAUGUGUUUUUGCACAUUUGAUACAACAAAAUCCCUAGUCGUGAGACCCUCGGCAGAGGGCCACAGCAGAUCCCCUAUGCUAUUUUUCGAUAUUGCCUUCUGACGUGUGUAUUAGACUCUCGUUCAAGCCAUCGCUGUCGCCAAUGUGCGUGCGAGUCCCCUUGUGGCGACCUGGUGUUACCUGUCCGUAUUUUUCCAUAGCUCCUCAGUGUUAAGUCUCUUUUAGACCUGUGUUGAAAAGGUUCUGUCACGCUGCAUGUCUCUGCAUGGGCAAAAACCAAUGUUGGACUUCAAAAAAGGGGGGGAAGGCCUGCAAACCGUCGCUUUUCGCCCUCUGUGUAUAUGUUGUACGACUUGCUGCAUUGAAUUUAUUGGGGUUCAAUAAACAGUGCCUUAAAAUACAUGUUGUUGCAAGUUACCCCGAGUCCCACAUGCAGUCAUGCGUGUACUGGACUGCAGCACUUGAAAAACUUUCAAUCAUUCUUUGUGAUUUUUAUAUUAGGGCUGUUUCAUAAAGUAGAUCUUUGGUUUUUUCGUGCUUGGUGCAUUAGCGCAUUCGUUGGCUUACAUAAUCAAUACAUCGGUGUCGUUUCUACUUGUUUAAUUCAUCUCUUGGGGUCGCGACGGGAGUUUUUUGUUCAGAAAGCAGAUUGGGUGUCUAUCCAAAUGCGCCCUAAUGGGUCUCAUGUUUUAAACCAACAAAAAAAUCUCACUAUUCAACACCCGAUUGGCUAUUUGCGCCAAUAUUAGGCUCAUGAUUUGCCCUUUUGUACAGGCGAAAUGUUUUGUUUGACACCUUAGAUGAUUUGCGCAUUAUUUGGAAGCGAAACAGUCCUUUACGUGUGUUAUUUAGAGGUGGAUGUAUUGUGUUGAGUGGUAGCUGAGCUUGAUUCUUUGAGGAUAACGUGCUUCGCCGUAGCAGAGGCCGAUGAACUAUGUAUAGAAACGUUUGAGUACUUUCAUAUUUGAUAAUCUGUUUCUACUCUAAUAGUAUUUACACUGUUUAAUGAAACUGCAAUACAAUCCAUAGUUUUCGGGGUGUGUUUAUCGUUUUCUUUCCAUCAGUUCUCUGUUAAUUUUAGAGUUAGAAGUGUUAUCGGUGUUGGAUUUGUAUCAGCAGAUAGCUCUUUGAUGAUAUUGUAUGGUUUCAUGUUUGCUUUGUGCAGAAUUAUUCAGUAUUUGAGUAUCCAACUGUAAAGUCUAUCAUUGCUGGAGUAUUCAGUGCUUUAUUAGACGAGAGUUGAUCGUGUGCAAUUUUCUUCAUAGAUGCAUUUUGACAAGAUUGGAUUUUGUAUUCCCUCUCUCACAAUUUAAUUGCUUUUUUGAUGCUGUUUUUAUUUCAUACAUUCCGUCAGGGAGAAAUAGCUUUUUUUUCUGUGUGAAUUACAUUUUUUUUUUAAUUAGAUUUGAGUUUUUCCAUUAGGUGCAUUCUUUCAUUAUGCUUUCGCUACACCAAAGACAGUCAUUAAUUUCUUAAGCAGAGUAGCUACUGUUUUAGCGUAGACCUCGAACGUAGUGUAGUUGAGGCCGUAUUUAACAGAAAAUCUUUGUAAAAAUGUUGAGGUUGAUGUUUAGCUUUUUCGGGCAAGUUAUGACUUUGUUUCAUUUAUUCUUGAAUGUAUCAUAGAUAAGCUGCUAUAUUCUGAUUGCCACUUCAUAAUAGCUGUGAAAUUAGAUGAUUAACUUUGUUCUUAGCCUUCUUAUUUUUAUACAUGUCUAAUGACCUUGAAAUAGAAGUGAGAUGAUUUUUUUUUUUUUUUCGUUUGUUUGUUUUUGGGUUUUACCGUACUGACUGGCAUCAGAAGCAUUUUAAUGCCUCUCUCUGUUUUGCUUUCUUUUUUUGAAGUGUCAUUGUAACUACUGUAUUGCAAGUAAUGGCGAUUUUUGGAUUUUUGUGUGCGUGGGUUUGUAUUCUUUUACGUUUCGUUUGCAUCAGUAUUUUAUCUGUUAUCUUGGGGCUAAUCUUACGUAUUAGAUGCAUAUUGGUGUAUAUCUAUCUUAGUACGUAUAUUUGCAUUUUGUUAAAGCAUAGCUUGCAGAAUAGAUUUAACUUUGUUUUAAGUAUCAAUGUAAAUUCUGUAUUCAAUGACCCACUUAUAUCACCAUUUCAGACUAUUAAUUUCAGUAAUGCUAUUAGCACUUGCUACUUUUGAUAAGCUAGCCAAAAUUGCGUGUUUGGGCGUCUCAUCUCAGUAACUACAGUGCUUAGAACUUUUUGUUUUUAUUUAAUUUCCCCCCCUUAUUAUUAUAAUUGUACAUGCAAUACACUCAUGAAGUUGUAUCAGGUAUAUUAAUGUGUUUAUAAAUGAAAAAACAAGACAAAAUGCACGUUUUGCUUUUUAAAACGGACUGUUCUGAGUUAUUAGGGCAUCUGUUCUCAUUUUGUGGGCUCUCAUUAUAUGGGUAUGUUUGUUCUCGCAUCGGUCCCUGCUCUUUAAAGCGAGCGACACUGCGUUAGUGCCUUUGAAAUGUGCUUCAGACCUUUAUAUCCCUUCUACAAACACUGCCGGCCAGCCUCUUCCUCUCUUUCAUGCCCCCUCGGACGGCAUGACCGAGGAAUGAAAGCGUAACUGCAGUGUUUGAUAGUCGUAACUGAAGUGCUGUUACCAACCAGUUGCUUAAAAGUAGACCAUAAUCCACGGUAGACGUCCUGUCAGAUGUUGAUAACCUGAAAACCAAUAGCGCGAGUCAUGCAAUGCAGUAAUCACCUUUAAGGUGGAAAAUGGAUGUUUAUUUCUCAAAAUUGUGGAAAGGAAAUCCAGUCAUGCUUGAUUAAUUUAUAUUUUUAUGACCAACAACAAAAAUCAAUAAUGAAAUGAUAUCAGGGAUUAUGAUUAUUAUUGUGCUGACUAGACACCCAAGACACGGUUUUCUCGUAUUUGGGGAGCUAUACAUGAUACACUGUGAAUGUAAACCACCAUUUGUCAAGCAGAAUUAACAUUGCCCUUUGUUUCACAGGACGUUAUCAGUGUAUUGCUUUAGUGUAGCCGACUUCAUGGAGAUAUAGUCCAAAAUAUGGUGUGGUUUCUCACAUUAUGACCCUAUAUUUUAUAUUUAGCAUGUAGCACUAGAGAUGAGUACUAAAUUGCUACUCAUGCGCACACAUUAUAUGAAUUCACUGCAUUAAUUCACUGCAAGUAAACAUUUCAGAGAUGUUUUCAUUCUAACAAGGUCUACCAAACCCAACCUAAUAAAAGAGUGGAUCUUAGCACAAUUGCUAUGGACUGAGGGAUCUGCAAACUAAAGUUCCCCCCCCCAAAAAAAUCCCAAACCAAACAGUUUUUAUUUGUUUUCUUUGAUUCAUGUUUUUCUUUUAGAAGUUCUUGUACAGUUCAUUCAGGGUCCUUGUAUUUGUCAUAUGUGCUACUGUGUAACACUCGCCGUAAGAUUUGGGUUGGAUUGCUUUAGAUCUAUUUUUAAAUCUUCUACAGAUUAUAUUUUAGUAAAAGUUCAAUCUCACUGCAAGUUAUCGGUAAUAUUUAGACUUAAGAGCAAACAGACUUGAUUUAGUAAAUCUGAACUGUUACUGUUUUCAUAUUUGUAAAUUUUUUGUGGCUUUUUGAUUUCUGUUUGCUUUUGAUUUCUAUGCUACAUUAGUUUGCCAUGUAGCCACUGCACUGUGCAAUAUUCACUAUACGAAGACUGGGAAACCUUUUUUGUUUGUUUGUUUGUUUUUUCUUUUAUUUUUGGAUGUAAUGUCUCUUACAGUUUGCAGUCGUAUUUCUCUCUAGUUCUCAGUGAUUUAUAUGUGACCAAGCCUUAUGUACUUUGUCACAAAAAGCGGGUUUUCCUGGUGACUAUUUGGUGAGUGUCAAAUUAAAGAAAUGGUGUAUUGUCAAAAUUCACUUUGAAUUAAAAUAUAUAUUGUUGCGGGCA